AUCGAUCGUUCAUGGCAUCUCACACCAAGCACAUUGUCCUCCUCGUAGGAUCAACUGGGAAAACCGGAUCAUCCAUCGUUCGUGCAUUGGCGAAACUGCCGGAGAAAUAUGUUAUAAAAGCCCUCGUACGACGGUCGUCGAUGGACAAGCCUAUCGUUCAAGAAUUUCGAAACCUAGGAGUUGAGAUCGUUCCGGGAGAUUUGGCUGGUGAUACGCAAGAGUCGUUGGAGACUAAAUUGAACAAUGUCGAUAUAGUCAUUAACGCCACUAUACCGGUUGAAGAUGGGAACCAGAACAAACUGUUCCUUGCGGCUAAAAAUGCUAGUGUUAAAAGGGUGGUUCCAUCUGAUUUUGGCCCUUCUGCGCCUCCGGGAGCGAUGAAAUAUCAAGACACUAAACUCAAGAUACGACAAUUCAUAAUCGAAAACGAGAUCCCAUACACUUUCAUCCAAGCUGGGUGGUUGACAUCGCUAUUGUUUCCACAGUCGCAUUCGGUCGCGGGUAAUUCACCGAUGGGAAAACAAUUUUAUGGUUCGGGGAAAGUGAAGACAGCCUAUACCGCCCUCGAACGUGUUGGUGAAUUCGUUGCACGUAUUAUUGGGGAUCCGCGAACCUUGAACCAGAUAGUUCAAGCUUACGAUGGCGAGGCUACGCUCGAAGAGGUUUGGACUAUCGCUUCUAAAGUCACGGGAGAGAAUUUUGAUGAUUAUACUCGGCUCUCGGCGGAAGAUAUCGAGUCUACCCUCAGAGAUGGACCGGAUUUUCUUACCGCUCUUCUCUUCGAGUAUAACCGGUCGGCGUUGAUUCGUGGGGACAAUACGGUUGAAAAUGCUGUUUCGUUGGGAGCAUUGGAUGCACGAGUUUUGUAUCCUGAUUAUGUCCCGCUUGGGUUGGAGGAGGUUGCGAAGCAGGUUUAUGGCAAGAAUUAA